UUAAAGCUUUUGCCUCACAUAAAUCCCAAUGACAUAAAUUACAGUACACAUCAUACUAAGUGACACAGAAGAAUGAAUGCAGCAAGAAAAGACAAAAAUGUGACAUAAGAGGUUGAACAUAAGUAGACUCUGGUGUGAAGCCAGGAUCCAGCAGCAGAGCACACACAGCCAAAUGUCUGGACUUCCCACUCCCAUCUGUUAUUAUCAGGGCUAGAGGUUUAAGAAGGGACUUUAUCUGUCGGUACUUCAGUUUGAUUUGGACUCGUUCUGAAUGGACUCUGUUCCUGCGCGUACAAACGCUUCCUACGGAUUUUACGCACACACCACUGGAGAAAAGCAACAGGAAAACGCCCUUGGUGGCAUUUUUCUGUUCUUAAACAGGAAGCGGCAGGUGUAAAACUCCCAAAUCGGUAAUCAUUUCUAAUUCUAUUAGGCAAUUAUUACUCCUGGCGACACUGUGGACGUGUUGUGCCAAAAUGUUUCCGCGGUUUCUCUGGCAGCGCGCCUGUUCCUCUGUUUCCAAGCCAGGACUGUGGACUGUUAGCCUGCCGCUGACUCUGCAACACUUCCAACAUUUCACUGGAUUAUAACAGAGGAAAGUAUCCUGUUAACGGUAAAAGCUGUCUCAUUAAAGAAGGUCGCUUGUUCUGAUAAUCUACUUGUCAUCUUUUAAGAAAGCAAGGGCAGAGAAGGCGAUAACAGAGCGCGCAGAGAAACCUUUUUCAGUGUAUACGCAUGUUGGCACAACACCGUACCGAGAAGCGCAACGUGAUGCCGCAUCGGAUCCGCGUCCUGCUGCUGCUGCACCUGGCUGUGCUGCUGCUGCUGGGCUGGCCGGCCGAGGCGGGCCAGGUACGAAAGAAGGCCACCAGGACGCGGUCUUGUCUGGACCUGCCGGAGGAGAUCCUGGAGCAGAUGUUCGGGCGGCUCUCGGUGGGAGUUAUGAGCGCUUUCCAUCACGCCCUGGAGCUGGAGCCGCAGGACAAACUCAACCUGACCUGCCCGACCACCGCCCGGUCACCGACCGACAGAAAGACCCGCCUCCCGGUCAACCUGCUCAGCAUCUCCCCCUGGGCUUACAGGAUCUCGUACGACCUGACCAGGUAUCCCCGCUACAUCCCCGAGGCUUACUGCCUGUGUAAGGGCUGCCUGAUCGGACCGCACGGUGAGGAGAGCGACCAGUACCGCAGCACUCCGGUCUACGCUCCCUCUGUCAUCCUGAGGAGGAUGGGCUCCUGCGUCAGCGGCCGCCACUCAUACACCGAGAUCUACGUCUCCAUCGCUGUGGGAUGCACCUGUGUGCCGUCGCUGGAGAAGGAGCGGGACGGCCAGAACAGCAACCAGAGCCUGGAGAGAGCAGAGCCCAAAGCCGGACAGCUCGUCUCUGCGGGCAAGAAAGUAUGAAGGAAGCAGGGCUGUUGUACUCCAGAUAAGUGUUUCUACACCAGAUCCACAUUUGUUUUCUUUUUCUUCCCCUGGCACUACAAAGAAAUUAAGGGACUCUACCUGCAGAGUAGAAGGAGCUAUAACAGUCCCUAAACUAGUACACAUUGAAUAUUUGGAUGGUAAAGGGUUGGAUUUACAUCUGUUCAUCCUUGAGAAGCUUCAGAUCUGGAAACAAAUGAGGACUCUUUAUUGGCUCUUUUAGUCUAAAUAAGACUUCAUUUAGUCUUCUUUCAUUCUUGGCUUGGUUUUGACUGUCUCUGGACACAAACUUGGAAUUGACCUGGACUUGACAAAGAUGUCUUGACUACAGUUGUACAAGGAUGUAAAAAAUCAAAGUACAGCAAACUGAAUCUGCACCUGUUGUAUUGGCUGGACGGGAGAGAAAGGGCCUAAAAAUCCAGAGAAGACUGGUUGAACCAACCCUUCAAAUGUCAGUGUACUUCAAAGGACAGAAAACAUAUUUCACUUCCUUCUUGUAUCCAGCCAUGCAGAUAGUUUAGGUUUUAUUUGCUCAGGUUUUGAGAAACCCAUCUGAGAUUUCUGCACCACAAACCAAAUUACAUUUUCCUCCAUUGUUCUGGGGUGGAGGCAGAAAUCUCAGAGACAGUUUACUAUCUGCAUGGAUAGAUACCACUAGAAAGAAAUAACAUGUUUAUUUGUAAUUUGGGUGGACCAGCCCUUUAAAAAAGCAAACAAAUAUUGACCAAUGGAAUAAAAUCCCUCAUUAUUAUCAAAAACCUGAUCAAUGCUGCCACCUACUGAUGUAAAAAAACAACUGCAAAUUGUGCUUUUUUGCUCUAGUCACAAGGAGAAACCUGAGACUACAUUUUAUUCUGUUAUUCUGACACAUUUUAAUAACAACUUGUCAUCAAAACAACAAUUAGUCCAGAUGAUCGCAUUUGUAUUUGUCAAAAUUCUGUAAAAAAAAAAAAAAAAAACCCCCCAAAACAAACAAAAAAUAAUCGACUGAGCAGUUGUUAGUGACAUUUCUGGACAUUGGGUGCAUCAGUUUGUCGAGAGUAAGCUCACCUCUCCCAGUAACUGUACAACAACAAUUUCCCAGUCUCAUUUUGCAUUUUCAGGAUACAGGAACUGGUUCAAAAUCCCGGACACAUCAAUUGGUUUAACAGCCGGUGCGAUCAUCAGAUCAUUAAAAGGCAGUAAGAAAAUAAACAUGCCUACUACAAAAAACAUUAUCUUUCCUUUUUUUAAUUUAUUCUUCCUGCUUCUUUCUUUUUGUUAAAUACUGAACAGUUGGUGCUUUUCUGCUUCCUCUGAUAAUCAAAUGAAAAUGUAAAAAGCUGUUUAAUAUCUGGCUGAACUGUUCAUCACUCUGGGUAUCCGAUAGAAGAGUUGCACAUCUGCACUAAAGACUCCCAUUAAAGUUUCACUUUUGUUUCCCGUC